AUGGAAUCCAACAUUCGGCUCUCAUCCGAUGUUGGAAAACCAUUAGACAAUCCCAAAACCUAUCGCAGCCUCAUUGGUAAACUUCUUUACUUAACUAUUACACGGCCUGAUAUCUCAUUUGCCGUAAACAAACUAAGUCAAUUUCUAUCCAAUCCAAGGGUUCCCCACCCCACUGCUGCUCAUAGAAUAUUAUAUCUCAAGGGUACCUCUGGACAAGGACUAUUCUUUUACUCAGCAUCUUCUACUAACCUAUCUGCUCAUGCUGAAACUGAUAUGUCAAGCAAAGACUUUCAUCUAAAACUUUUUUCAGAUGCUGAUUGGGCCUCUUCCAGUGACACUAGAAGGUCUGUUUCUGGCUACUGUGUUUUUCUUGGCAAAUCUCUCAUCUCUUGGAAAUCAAAAAAGCAGUCUACCGUUUCUCGUUCUUCCGCUGAAGCUGAAUACCGGGCUAUGGCUCAUGCCACUUGUGAGAUCACUUGA